ACCGCCCAUUCGUCGCUCUCGACUGCCACUCGCUCACCCGCACCUUCACCCGCAACCCACCCCUUCUAUUCACGCCUCCAGGACGCAAACGAAACUCGUUCACUGUGACUGAAGGACUCCUCGCGCCGCUGGUUUGGCCGACCUCCCUCCGCAGUACUCGUAAGGAGUACGCCCGCGCCUGAGGUACAUCGCUCCGCGCACCUAAUACACCACAACACCACCACCGCCCACCAUGAAGUUCUCCCUCUCCAAGUCGCUGUUAUGGCUCGCAGCCAUCGCAGCGCCCGUCGUGUCGGGCGAGCGCAUCAUCGAAUCCAAGUCACUCAACCCGUGCAUGUCCAACUCCAGCUUCUCCGCCACCCUCUUCAACGUCGCAUUCACCCCCAGCAACCGCAGUUUGGGCUUCAAGAUCGAGGGUAUCUCCAACAUUGCCGGCAAGAUCGAGGCCGACAUCGAACUGCUCGUCUACGGAUACUCCGCCAUGAACCAGAAGCUCGACCCCUGCGGUCAGAAGGAGCUCGAGGGCAUGUGCCCAAUGAACGCCGGACCGUUGACUAUCAAAUCCAACAUCGACAUUAGCCAGGACAUCAUGAGCAUCAUUCCAGGCAUCGCAUACACAAUUCCCGAUCUCGACGCAGUGGUACGAGUCAAGAUCAAGUCUGCCGAGACACAUCAACAACUUGCAUGUGUAGAAGCAGAGCUGUCAAACGGACAUUCGGUCGACCAGAAGGCUGUAGCUUGGGUGACGGCCGUCAUAGCGGGUCUAGGUCUCAUGGCGUCCGCUAUAACGUCUGGACUGGGUCACUCCAAUACCGCCGCGCACGUUGCCGCCAACGCCAUGUCGCUAUUCGGUUACUUCCAGGCGCAGGCCUUCAUCGGUCUCUGCGCUGUCCCUCUCCCACCUAUCGUCUCCGCCUGGACCCAGAACUUCCAGUGGACCAUGGGUAUCAUCCGCGUUCAGUUCCUCCAGGAUAUGGCAACAUGGUACCAGCGUGCUACUGGCGGAAGCCCAACCACCUACCUCUCCCAGCUGUCAUACAUCUCCAUCGAGGUCCAGAAGACGAGGAAAAUGAGGCGUGCGCUCGAUUUCACCACUGGAGCUGUCGGUCGCCUCAUGGCCCGUAGUAACGCUGCCGCUACCGAGGCACAGGCUGGCGGAGACCGCUUGGUCCUCCACGGUAUCGAGCGUGUUGGAUUCAAGGCGAAGAUUGAGACGACCAACAUCUUCUUCACCGGAUACACCUUCUUCGUCAUCUUUGUUCUCUUCACCGUCAUCGGCGUAGUGGCCUUCAAGUACAUCUGCGAGGGUCUAGUCAAGGCCGGCAAGAUGAAGAGCGACAAGUUCGUCGACUUCCGCAACGGCUGGCAGACUGUGCUCAAGGGUAUCCUCUUCCGUGUCGUCCUCAUUGGCUUCCCGCAGAUGAUGAUGCUGAGCUUCUGGGAGUUGACUAAGCGUGACUCUGCUGGUCUGGUCGUUCUGGCUAUCCUUUCUAUGCUCACCAUGAUUGGUAUCCUCGCAUGGGCUUCUUCCAAGGUGGUCCGAAUUGCUCAACGCUCCAUCGCCAUGCACAAGAACCCUGCAUACAUCCUCUACUCGGACCCUGUCGCGCUCAACAAAUGGGGCUUCCUCUACGUUCAGUUCAAGGCGGCCGCCUACUGGUUUAUCAUCCCAUGGCUCGGAUACCUCCUCAUCAAGGCCAUGUUUGUCGGUCUUUCGCAAGGUGCCUUCAAGGUUCAGGCCAUCGCCAUUGUUCUCAUCGAGGCCGCUCUGCUUGUCGGUGUAUGUGUCCUUCGUCCCUGGAUGGACAAGAAGACCAAUGGUUUCAACAUUGCCAUUGCUGCUGUCAACUUCCUCAGCGCCUUCUUCCUGUUGAUGUUCACCGAGAUCUUCAACCAGCCCGCUAUCGUCACUGGUGUCAUGGGUGUCAUCUUCUUCAUCAUUAAUGCCGCCUUCGCCCUGAUCCUACUUCUCAUGCUUCUUGUCUCAUCUGGAUUCGCUCUGUUUACCAAGAACCCCGAUACCCGCUACCAACCAAUGCGCGACGAUCGUGGCUCCUUCAUUAAGUCGCAAACUCAGCUAACUACUGAGCUCGACGCACUCGGUGCGACUGCUCGUGGUGAGGGCAAGGGUACCCACCCAUACACGGGAUCACGAAGCCGCAUUGACGACGAUGACGACUACUCUUCCGAAGAGCAGCGCCAAAUGGCUGCCAAGGAGGGUGGAUUCAACGAGCACUACGCUCCCGUGCCACCACGAAGCCAAGGUAAUGACGGAACUGUUUCACCAGCACCGCCGUCCUUCUACGAGCGCCGUAGCCCAGCACCCUCAUACCGUCCUGGUAGCAACGGCCAAGGUCAACAACAGUACCGACAAGCCAACACCGCGAGCCCAUGGCAACGAGGCGCAGGAUACGAACAUUGACGCCAGAGCGAGCACGAGGAGCAGGUGGGCCAAAUCAUCGAUUCGUAUCAUCGCUCCUCGGUCGCUCAGCAACAGCAACAUCAAAAUCAACAAAACAGGUUCUGAGCUAUCUAUGCGUUUUGUGCAUAUCUUGGGUAUCCAUACCAAUAUACUGU